CUAAAUAUUACUAAAUAACAAUUACAGUAUUUCAAUGUGAUGUCGAUAUUAUUUGAGUAUGAUUGCCAAUAUCUAAUUCCAAAAAAAAUAUUGUUUUAUAAACAAAAAUACUCAUGACAAUCUUUUUUAAAACAACUGAAUUUUUGGUACUUCUUGGAAUAUAAAAUAAUCGUUCCCAUAUAGAAGUGCAACUAAAAUGCGAUACUUAACCUUAUAAUUUAUAGAGGUUAUGUUGUGAAACAAACGUAAUAAAAAUGGCUUAUUUAACAAGAAAAGAAAUAGAUGAAAUGAAACCACAAAUAGAAAAAGCAGUUCAUAAAUUUCUUGGUUUUGGGGAACCUGCUAUUGUGACUACAGCUGUCAAUUGUAUUACUUCAGGUUACGAUAAACGCAAAACAGCAGAUAAAUUAUCCGCUUUAUUGGAAGAUAAAAAAGCUUCAAAAUUAACUGAAAAAAUAUUUGCAAUAUAUGAUGAUGCCAAAGCAGCUCAAAAAAGUAAAAAACGGAAUCAUGUGGAAGACAAGGAUAAAGACAAAGAUGCAAAAAAACCUAGAUUUAGGGAUGAUGAAAUCAAAAAUGAAAAGACAACGGAAGCACAAUUAUCUGCUGAUAAGAUAAGACAAAUGAUGGCUAAUGCCCAAAAAGAAAUUGAAGAAAGAAAAAGAGCAUUAAAAGCUAUAAAACAAGAAGAGGUUCCACCAGUAAAACCUUUACUUAAAAGAGAUUCUUUACCAACCGUAGGAAGCAUGUACAAUCAGGGUUUAUUAAGUAAAACAGAUUCUGACAAAGCACGAAAAAUUGCUGCUUUGCAAGCUCAAAUUAGAAGUAAACUAAGUUCAGGAUUAUUAGGUAAUGUCAGUGUUCCAGAUAAACCAACUCCUCUAAUUUUGGAUGAAUCUGGCAGAACCGUAGAUAUAACAGGCAAAGAAGUACAAUUAACGCAAGUAGUGCCAACGUUAAAAGCUAAUAUUAGAGCGAAAAAACGUGAAGAAUUUAAAGCCCAAUUACAAGAAUCAAAAGGUCCAGAAGAAAUUCAAGAUACACACUUUUUUGAUACUAGAAUAGGUGUAAAACCUGCAGUAAGAGGCAAACGUACUCUCAAAUUUCAUGAACCUGGAAAGUUCCAACAGUUAGCUGAAAGAAUUCGUAUGAGAGCUCAGUUAGAAAAGUUACAAAAUGAAAUUAGUCAAAUUGCUAGAAAGACUGGUAUAAGUUCAGCAACUAAAUUAGCCCUCAUAGCUCCAAAAACAGAAGCUUUAAGCGAAGAUGUGCCUAACGUAGAGUGGUGGGAUUCUGUUAUAUUAACAGGAGGAUACCCAGAUGAAAAUGAAUCCACAACUAUUAAAAGUUCCACUAUUACAAAUUUAGUAGAACAUCCUACGCAAAUGCGACCACCAACUGAUCCUUUAAAACCUAUAUAUAUGCCUGUAUUUCUAACGAAAAAAGAACGCAAAAAAUUACGAAGACAAAAUAGACGAGAAGCUUGGAAAGAGGAACAAGAAAAAAUUCGAUUAGGCCUUGAACCACCUCCAGAACCAAAAUUACGAAUUUCGAAUCUUAUGCGAGUAUUAGGUACAGAAGCUGUUCAAGAUCCUACGAAAAUAGAAGCUCAUGUUCGACAACAAAUGGCUAAAAGAUUAAAAGCACAUGAAGAUGCUAAUGCAGCUCGAAGACUUACUGCCGACCAGCGACGUGAAAAGAAGGCGCGAAAACUUAAAGAGGAUACUACACUCGGUGUACAUGUAGCUGUUUAUAGAAUACGUGAUCUUUUAAAUAACGCUUCAAAGAAAUUUAAAGUGGAAACAAAUGCAAAACAACUUUAUCUCACGGGUUGUGUAAUGCUUUUCCGAGACUGUAAUGUUGUUGUUGUAGAAGGAGGAGCAAAACAAUUAAUUUAUCUGCCCACGCUGAAUAUAAAUAAUCACACAUGACACGUAAUGUCGUUUUGUGGAUUGCCGCAUCCAGAUUGUAGGCGUGUGUUCGAGUCUGUAUAAUCAACGCAGUUAAUCAUUCGCAACGUCGUAUUCAAGAAUUUCAAUCUAUAGGUAACAUUACAGUCAAGCCUGUAAGUGUCAAUUAGCAUAGUGCAACGGCAUUGAGAGGCUAUACACGAGGUAUGCUGUAAAAGAACACGCAACAUAUAUAUAUAUACAGCAUGCCAUAUAUACGAAAGUGUGAAUGCACUUUGGAGCCUUGAAACUGUACGUCCAACCGCGACUACGAAUAACAUAGUCUAUGAAAGGUGAACCUUGGUCUUGUUCAUAAUACCAAUCUAGCUGCAACCACGAUGCGCUUUUACCAUAUCUUUCAAGUGUUAUACGUCGACCGAGCAAUACAUCGUUGACACCCUAUAUUAACAUGAUCCUUACUUGGCCCCACUCUUUGAACCCACUGAACGGACUGAAGUUUUACUUUCGUUCGAGGAUUGGUCUUAGUUCAGGUUUACCGCUUCGUGUUCUUGUGCAUACCCGGCGCGGCUCUUGCGAAAUUUUACGAGGCAAAUGAAUUUUAUCAAUUACUAUCACACUGGGAUAGUUUUGAAAAAAAUGCCCGUGUGUAUAAGACGAAGAUCGAUCAACGGUAUAUUUCUCUUCCUAUCGCGGUGAGUGUUUUGCGUUUUCAUUUUAUGAGAUAAAACGAAACGCGGCCACUUCACUGGCAUACAGUGAAUUCUAGUGAAAUUUGAAGUUAUUUCAUCUAUGAAAUUAAUAUUUGAUACAUUCAAUGUUUAGAAAUGAUUUUUUCUUUUAUAUUUUAAAGAUAAUGUCAAAAUUAAAAAUAUAUAUAAUUAUAUCUUUAAAAUCUUGUAUCAAUAUUCAAUUAUUAUGAGCUAAAAAUAUAGAUAUUUUAUCGAAGAAGAAAUAUUAUCAAAAAUAUUAGAAUAUUGAUUAAUAAUUCUACGUUACUUGUUAAUGAAUAAAUUUGAUGAAAUAUAACUUCAUGUGUAUAAUAGGAAAACAUCACUAUUCAGUGAUUUAUUUUUGUGAUAAAAAUUACAGCAUUUAGUUUUGAAAACAAAUUUUUUAAGCAAAUAUUUUAUAAUUCAAAUAAAUGCCUUCUAUUAUUUCAACAUUUAAUUAGUGAUGUAAUUUUAUUACAAUAGUAAGAGGAAGGCCAUGUGCUUGUAUUUAUUUUUAAUAUAAAUUCUGAAGGUUGAAAAAUUAAUUAGAUAGUAUAUAUAAUAUUAAUGAAAUCUUUUGCAUAAAACAAUGUAAUAAUAUUUAUAACAUUUUGAAUGUGCAUCAGAUUUAAAUUUGUAAAUAUUUUUACUAAGAAGAAUUGUAAAUGUAUAUGCAAGAAACUGUGUAUUUUAUAUAAAAUACGAUGUAAAAUGAACUUAUGAAUGCAUCCAAUGUAUCAGAAAAUUAACUUUUAAUUAUAUAUCUUACAAAAUCAAA